AUGCGGCAAGCAAGGGCAUACAAUUCAGUUGUUGCAAGCUGGAAAAAAGAAGGAAGCAAUAAGAUUGGAGGAAUUGUAAACAAUCGAGCUCCUUCACAAGGCAAAGGACGAGUUUUCUUGAUGAAUGAGGCUCUAGCUGAAGAAAAUGGUGUUGUGAUUACUGGCUAUCUCAAUGUAUUUUCAAUGCCUACUUUUACUUUCUUCGAUACUGGUGCAACAUAUUCUUUUGUGUUCCGAGAAUUUUCAAAGAAAUUGAAAUUAUAUUUAACCAUUAGUGAGUUUGAGGUAACAAUAACCCUUCCUAUAGGAGAAACAAUUAGGUGCAACGCGUACUUUUGUGAUUGUCCUAUUAUUAUUAGUGGUGUAGAGUUUUUCGCAGAUUGUUUUGUGCUGUACCUUGGAGAAUUUGACAUCGUUUUGGGGAUGGAUUGGCCAAAGAGGUAUAAGGCUGGUUUUAAUUGUGCACAACAGAAAGUGACAGUUAGAAACAAAAUAAAGCAUAGAGUUUCUUGUACAGAAAUUAAACUAAAGUCGAGCAUUCAAAUAAUCUCAGCAGUGAAAGCAGCUAAACAUCUUGAAAAGGAUGAGCUACCUGGGAUGCCUCCCGAUAGAGAGUUAGAUUUCUUAAUCGAUUUAGUAUUAGGCCCUGCUCCAAUAUCUAAAGCCCUAUAUCGUAUGGCUCUAGUAGAAUUAAAAGAGUUAAAGGGACAAUUGGAAGAAUUGUUACAAAAGGGGUACAUACGCCCAAAUGAUAUCCUAGUUUACUCUAAGACGAAGGAAGAGCAUACAGUGCAUUUGAGAAAAGUGUCGAGUUUAUUAAGACAUAAUGAGCUGUAUGCUAAGCUCCACAAAUGUGAGUUUUGGUUGGAUACAGUUUCCAUUUUAGGCCAUGUGGUGUCAAAAGACGGUGUUGUAGUGGAUCCCUAA